AUGGCAGUGGUAAAAAGGAAGGCUGACAGUAAACUGCCAAAGGGUAAAAAGGUGACAAAACGUCAAGACACUUCAAAAGAGUCAAAUGAUAAAUUGUUAACCAUAGAUUCAAUCCAAAAGUAUGGAAAUGAAGUUAUAGAUUCAUCAAAAUAUAAUAAUCUUGUCAUAUUAUUAGAACAAUAUCAAUUCCUUAAUGAUAAAUUAGUUAAUUCUAAAGAUGUUGAAAUUGAAAAAUUAGGUCGUCAACUUUCAUUAACCUUGUUCAAGAGUUUCCAACAUUUAUUAAAGAAUGAUAAAUUAAUCUUAAAGAAACAUUUCGAAGAUAAUCUGAAGUUAAUUAUCAAAUGGUUAUUAAACAAGUAUGAUUCCUUUAAGGAUAUAAUAUUCAACUUGAUUGAAAUUAAGUUAUCUUCUCAUUUCCAAUCUAUUCAAUUAGAUUUAUUAGAGAUCAGUCUUAAUUUAAUCAAAUUAGAAAGCAAAUACUUAAAAUCAUCUUCUAAUGACUUAUAUUUUCCAAUCACAACUUAUUCAAAGUUAAUAAAUAGUUUAUUGUUGACUCAAAGUGGUGAAAUCUUAACUGAUGGAUCAAAUAAUAGUUUCAUAGUGUUAGAAUUCUUAAAGUUCUUCACUACAAAUUGGGAUUUACAAUUUUAUUUCUUUAAUAAUUUAUCAGAAACUUUACAAGAGUGGAAAUCAUCUAAGGAUACUAAUGAAUUAAGAUUAGUCUUUUCCAAUUUCUUUACUAUCAUAAGGAACCCAUUAUUAUAUACCAAUGAUUUUACCCCUGAAGAUUUAUCAACUUGGAUUGAAUCAAAAUUACCUUCCAUAGCAUAUAAACCAUCAACUUUCAAAUCUCAAUAUCAAAAAUCAAUCUUAUUAAUCUUAUCAUAUCCUUUAUUAACAUCACAAUACAAAUCUAUAUUAUUAAUCUUACAUAAGAGAAUCAUUCCAAAUAUGGCUCAACCUCAAAAUAUAAUGGAUUUCUUAACUGAUUGUUAUAAUAUUAAUGAUGAUUUAAUUAUCCCUAUCUUAACUUUAAAUUCAUUAUAUGAGUUAAUCAAAAAAUAUAAUCUUGAAUAUCCUGAAUUUUAUACUAAAUUAUAUUCAUUAUUAACUCCAGAAUUAUUAUAUACUCAUUAUAGAUCCAGAUUCUUUAGAUUAUGUGAUCUUUUCCUUUCAUCUACACAUUUAUCAGCUAAUUUAGUUGCAUCAUUCAUUAAAAAAUUAGCCAGAUUAUCUAUGGCUUCAACUGCAUCUGGUAAUGUUAUCGUCAUACCUUUCACAUAUAAUUUAUUAAAGAGACAUCCUACAUGUAUGAUCAUGUUGCAUAAUACUGAAGUUGCUAAUAGUGAUAAAGAAUAUAAAGAUCCUUUCAAUAAUAAUGAGAAGGAUCCUUUAAAGACUAAUGCUAUUGAAUCAUCACUUUGGGAAUUAGAAGUUUUAAUGUCCCAUUAUCAUCCAAAUAUUGCCACUUUAGCCAAAAUCUUUGGUGAACCAUUCAGAAAACAUUCUUAUAAUUUAGAAGAUUUCUUAGAUUGGAGUUAUAUCAGUUUAUUAGAUAAUGAAAAGACAAGAAGAUACAAGACUACAGUUGCAUUAGAAUUUGAAGAAUUUUCCAACCUUUUCGAAAUCGGUAAACAAGAUGAUUCUUCAAAUGAUGAAAUAACAAACGUUUACGCUAAAGGUUGGACUUUAUAA